GGCUGGAAAUCAAAGCAGAAGAAGAGCUCGGAAUAACAGCAGCACAGCGGCUAUCAUGUUAUUGCUCAUCAUGUCGGUGUAGAAGGAGAACUAAACCCAGAACAACCAUCCUGAUCAGAGACGGAGUCUGCACGAUGGCGGGAGAGGAGGAGAGGGGGGUGGUCCGGGUCAAAGUCAAGAAAUGUGAUCAGGUGCUUCCUGUGGAAUUCCGCUCCUUUGCUGUAGAUCCUCAGAUUACAUCACUGGAGGUCCUUCAGCACAUUCUGAUCAGAGCCUUUGAUUUGAACGGGAAGCGGAACUUUGGGAUCAGUUACCUGUCCCGGGACUGGAGCGGGGCUGAAAUGUAUCUGUCUCUGCUGUCUGAUGGGGACCUGGAUGCUGCGUUCGUCAGUUCAGCCAAACCAGUUCUGCAGCUCAAGAUGGACAUCAAGCCUUCAGAAGAAAGUCCAGUGAUGGAGGACUGGGACAUCAUCAGCCCCAAAGACGUGAUUGGCUCAGAGCAGCUCCUCCCAGAGAGGACCCGCACACUGGCGUCUGCAGCCCUCCCCCUCACCCAGUCUCUGCUGACCCAGGUGGGCCGCACCCUGUCGAAGGUACAGCAGGCGUUCAGCUGGGCGUACGGGGAGGAGAUCAAGCCUUUCAAGCCCCCCCUGAGCGACGCAGAGUUUCACGGUUACCUGAACGGGCAGGGCCAGCUGAGCCGCCCCGAGGAGCUGCGGCUGCGCAUCUACCACGGGGGGGUGGAGCCUUCCCUGCGCAAGGUGGUCUGGCGGUACCUGCUGAACGUCUACCCUGACGGGCUGAGCGGACAGGAGAGGAUGGACUACAUGAAGAGGAAGACGAGGGAGUACGACCAGCUGAAGAGGGAGUGGACCGCGCGGGUCAGCUACGAGGACCUGGAGUUCAUCCGAGGGAACGUUCUGAAGGACGUGCUGAGGACGGACCGUGCUCACCCCUACUAUGCCGGCUCAGAGGACAGCCCCCAUCUCACCGCCCUCACCGACCUGCUCACCACCUUCGCCAUCACACAUCCACAGAUAUCAUACUGUCAAGGCAUGAGUGAUAUUGCCUCCCCUAUACUUGCGGUGAUGGACAAUGAGGCACAUGCGUUCAUUUGCUUCUGUGGCAUCAUGAAACGCUUGGAGGGAAACUUCCGGCCUGAUGGGCAGCUCAUGUCUGUGAAGUUCCAGCACCUCAAACUGCUCCUUCAGUACUCGGAUCCUGAGUUCUACUCGUACCUGGUUUCCAGGGGGGCCGACGACCUGUUCUUCUGUUACCGCUGGCUGCUCCUGGAGCUCAAGCGAGAGUUUGCAUUUGAGGACGCUUUGAGGAUGCUGGAGGUGACCUGGAGUUCCCUGCCCCCGGAUCCUCCUGAAACCGAAGUGGAGCUUAUUGGACCGCCUGUGGAAACCAAUGUCAAUGUAGAGAUGUCCUGCAGAGACAAGGAGAAGAGGGUGCAGAUCUGCCUGGGAGAUGAUGGGGAACGAAAAGAGAAGCAACGUAGACGGCAUAUGCUGAGGCCUUCACGAGAAGAAGAUGUGAGCAGAGAUGCUGUCAUAGCAGAACAGGAAAGUCAAAAAGGAAAGGGAAGCAAGGACAAUGAGUGUGAUAUUUCUCCAGUGAUAAAGGAAAAAGCAGAUUUGCAGGCUCCAGCUCUGGAAAGGCAAACUAGCUUCGGGGAGUUUAAAUACUAUACUGCCCGAAAUGAAGAUAGCUUUCAUAUGGAGGAUGGUGAGCAGGGUUUGGGGUCUUCAGACUCAGUAACAAGCAACCCAAGGCGCCAGUCCACAGUGGAGAGUGAGGACGACCCAGGAGAGAAAACUCCUCUCAUAAAAAACUGUUCCUCUCCAGCAUCAUCACCCCCUCUCUUUCCUAGUGGCCUACAAAUGUGGAAAAGCGGCCCCUCAGCCCCUCUCACGUCUCCAGUUUCUCCCUCCAGUUGGCCAGGUGCUUCUCCAGACUCUGCUCCAAACUCCACAACGAAUGGGAGUCAGAGUUUAACUAGAACUCUCACUAAAGUACUGACCUCCUCCGCCCAGGUGCUCAGCAGCACAGGGGUUAUGUCCCCCUCCACGCCCACUGUAAAAAACGCGUCUCCAUCCCACGCUCACAACCGCUUUCUGCUCUCUUCGCCCACUCUGUUCUUUGGGAGAGGCUCCUCCCCCAACAGGUCGUCCUCCAACAAUCUCCCUUCACCGGGCAACAAAUCCCCCAGCAAUACAGCUAACAUGAGCACUUCAUCAAAAUCCGAGACCACCAGCAUCAAACCAUGUUCCCUGCCGCCCCCCCAGGAGUUUGGCAAAGGAAACCCCUUCAUGCUCUUCCUGUCCCUGUCCAUCUUGCUGGAGCAUCGAGACCACAUCAUCAAGAACAACUUUGACUACAACGAGCUGGCCAUGCACUUCGACCGCCUGGUGCGGCGCCACAACCUGAGCCGGGUGCUGCAGCGGGCCAAGGCGCUGUUCGCAGACUACCUGCAGAGCGAGGUAUGGGACUCAGAGGAGGGGGACGAGGUGAGCUUGGACUCCCCCACUACCGCUCCACAAGGUCUCUCCCCCACCUUCUCCUCCAGGCCCAUUUACAGCCACCUAGCAUCUCCUCAAUCACCAAACUCAACCUAUAACCUCGCAACCACCAUUCCCUCCCCAACAGCUGAAGUGGCCCUCCCCCCCGCUAUCUUAGUCCAUCAUGAACCACUGGCCUCCCAUCCUUAGUGAACUGCUCGGUAGACUUUGGCCCAUUGGAGGCAGAGAUCUUUUUUUAGACGGCCAUCCAAAUUGAAUUGGUUCAUCGAGGAUGGAAAAAACGUAUUCUGUGUAUGCUUGAAUACAUACUGUAUAUUCCCUAUGUCUAUAAUCAUGUAAUAUUACAUUUUAUUAGCCAUGUUACUGUUUGUCCUAAAAGUGGUAAAGACAUGUUAGUUUCUCAUUUCUGAUAGGCUGCUGAUGCAUGAGACUUUAAACCAUGUGAUCAGGUCUGAGGUUUCCCAGAACAAAGAAGAGUUUCUCUCCUUGGUGCAUUUAGCCUGAGUUGCCCUUUUUAUCAACUUUGUUUACAAGAUCUUUUUAUGUCUAACAAGCCACACAAGUGUCUUAACUAAAGUUGUAUUAGUUAUUAACUUAAGGGAAAAUCCAGAUUCUGAUUGGUUGUCAGUUUGUCACAACGGGAAGUGAUGACAACACUUGGAUUCAAGACAAGGCCAGGACACGUACUGUACUUACCUUAUAUAUAUACCUGACCUAACCUGUCACCAUUAACCUUAAAGGAUACACCCUCAUUUCAUUUAUAUAGAGUAACUGUUGCUGAGAACAUAACUGACAUUUACAAGAUGGAACAGAUACACAACAGCAGGUUACUUCUAAAGAGUGACUUAGCAGUAACAUGUGACCAAAUAAAGGAACGCAGGGUGCUGAGGUCAUUAAUGAUGUCACAAGGUGUGUUUUACAUUUGACCGCAAUUUAAAACCUCUGCAGUGAUACCACUGAUUGCAAUCUGGCUAGAAGUAUAACAUACUUGAACAAUUCAACCUAUAAACAGAAGUAUAGUGGCAGUUUUCUGAAACCUUGACAGCAAAGAGGGGAAGAGACCUCUGGCCAAAUGAGCGCCAACUAUCUGGACAUAAUGUCUACACCCUUAAACAAACAAAUUAAGGCUGGGGUAGGCAACAUAUGUUUGGCUUCAAAUUAUUACAGAUGAAAAACUACAAAAAUCUGUAAUAACAUUGUAAUUGAAUUGCACUGAAAGAAAACUAGACUGCGGUACCUCCUCUUGGUUCUGCUCUCAGUGAUAGAAACUCAAGCCAAUCACAAGUCAUUUCAGAGAAAUAGCCUUCCUAUUGGCUGAAUUUAGAUGACUGUGCACAUCCAUAGUUGAAAGCCUGAAAAAUAUCCUGAAAAGAAGCAUAGGCAACAACUCUCUACACUAAAUACACAUUAAAUAGAGAGUCAGACGAUACUGUCAAAGCUUUUCAGAGAUGGAGAAAAAAUGUUGCCAAAAUUGUAGCCUCGGCUCAAGCCACAUUUUAGGAGUGGCGUGAUUGCUUCCAAAGUUAGAAGGUACAGUUGGAUGCAGAACCCCUUGGGCAGGAUGACUAAAACGGCCAUUUCGUGAACUAAGGAAACAUUCAUGCUAAUGCUGACAUUUAUAAAUGUACUUCAUUGUUAUUAAGAGAUGGGGGCAGAAACAUAAGGUAAGAAAUGCCUGAAAGGGCCGGAGACCCUGCUGAGUUCCAGGUUCAGGUGAGAGGCUCCCUCCAACAGACAGGAUCAGGGUCUGUUGCUAGCUCCAUCUCAUGUUGGCACAGACAGGCUGGAGACCACACGUUUAUAAGAGAAAGGCCUCAUCACAACCUGCUGGUGCUGAUUGUGAAAGGCCGGGCAUGGAGAGAUGUGAUGAUGCUGAAAUGCAAUAUGGAAAAUGGUGGAUUCAGUGUAUUUUUGGAGCUUGACUGCUGCUUCUAUUUUUAACAUUCUUGAUCAAAUAUGUCUCUCACAUUUCAGCCAAUUUAAUCAAAGUGCAGUACUACAUCACAUAUUUCAGAUAUGUUGCCUAAAGCUGUUUGUACCAGUGUUGUGGGUUGGAUUUUGCCUUCACUCCAAAGUGCUGUUGCAUCUGGUCUUGAUGGAAUAGAAGGAGAACCAGAGAAAUUAGUCACACCAGAAUAAUGUUGCUUUCCCCAUUCAUUACACCACGUAUAGAUUCCCAUACCAUUUAUGUUAAAUGCUGUAUAUGAUCGGAAAAUAAAUGAUUGUGUCCUCUUUAA